UUUUUCCGCCUAUCACUACCAAGCUUCAAUUUCAGAGCCUAAAACCCGCUGAGCAGGUCAUGGCCUCUUUGAGAAUAUAGAGAGAAACCAGAAAAAAGCUUUUACAGAAAUGGUUCUGCUUCAUCUUCCACGAAGCCACAUCUCCCUCUUCACCCACUUCACUCACUUCUCAAAACCCAAACCCCCCACAAACCUAAACCCCAUCUUCACCUCCACCCUCUUCUCCUCCCCCAAAUCCACUCUCUCAGUCUCGGAGCCCAUCCCCAUCUCGCCUCUCCCAGAAUCCCACAUCGAACCAACCCUAGAAGAGUUCCAUACCCAACUCGAAAUCCCGCUCGAGAAGCUCUUCGUGCCGCCGGAGACCGAGCUCAAGUACACCGAAUCCGGUGCCCUGAGCACGAGAAUCUUGAAGGGGUCGAAUAUUUUGCUGAGCAAGUAUGCUAGGGAUGCUCAGGUGACUCAAGCCGAGUUUGUGAAGAGUAGUGUGAGGACUGAGGAUUGCCCGGCCAAUGGUCUGCCGGAGUUUGCGCUCGUCGGACGGUCAAAUGUCGGCAAGUCGUCGCUGCUUAACUCGCUUGUGCGUCGGAAGAAGCUAGCUUUGACGUCCAAGAAGCCUGGGAAAACACAAUGCAUCAAUCAUUUUCGGAUCAAUGAUAGCUGGUAUUUGGUGGAUUUGCCCGGCUACGGGUAUGCAGCUGCACCGCAGGAACUUAGAACUGAUUGGGUGAAGUUUACUAAAGACUACUUCCUGAAUAGGUCAACAUUAGUUUCAGUUUUCCUUCUCAUCGAUGCCAGUAUUCCUGCCAAAAAGAUUGAUCUGGAGUAUGCUAGUUGGCUGGGCCAGAAUCAGAUCCCCAUGACAUUAAUAUUCACCAAAUGUGACAAGCGGAAGAAGAAAAGACAUGGAGGAAAAAGAGCAGAAGAAAAUGUGAACGAUUUUCAGGAGUUAAUUCGUGGCUUCUUCCAGACAACACCACCAUGGAUUAUGACCAGCAGCUUUACCAAUCAGGGUCGUGAUGAGAUGUUAUUGCAUAUGGCUCAGCUGCGGAAUUAUUGGCUUAAGCACUAGAAAUAUCAGAACCAUGCCUCCGGAAGUAGGUCUUAUACACCCUAGUACCAGAAGCUCAUAUUAAAAUUACACCCCUACGCGAUGUAUUGCUCUGCCAUUAAACUUGGUAAUAUGUUACAUUUGACAGCUGCAAAUUCCUAUGAUGAUGAGAAAACAAAUGUGCUCCAUUGCUUCCGAUCGUCAAAGCCGAUAGUUGAUCAAUUUUGUUGGAAUGAAAAUGUAGUACCUUGUAGGCUUGUACUACUAUUUGCAGCAAGUGUAAUCUUAUUGAAAGUCAUCCAAUACAUUAAGCUUUUGAUUGAUCAAUUUUGUUGACGAAAUGAAAA